AUGUUCGAGUCCUGGACCCGGUUUUUCCGCAGAAACAGAAGACGACUCCUGAUUUCGACGGGUUUGUUGGCCAUUCUCUACGUUGGAUCGAAGUACCUGACCUCCAAACUGGUGGCCCUCCAAAAGCGUCUCACUGAGGAGAAUUUCGCAAAAGAACAGAUAAAGAGAAGAUUCCAGCAGACACAAAGAGAUUGCUAUCUGACUUUCUUGAGUCUGCUGCCAGUAUUGGCUGAGCCGAUUUUGCAUGAGUUGCCGGUGGAGUCCAUCACAAGACAGCUACAGUCCAAGAGGCUUAAUAGAGCUGGUGGUGGAAGCGCUAAUAACAACAACCAGACUAACUCAUCGACCAUAUUAAGCGAUGACUUCUCGUUAGCACCAUCUGAUCCGACCAGACAGCAAACCCUGGUGGCCCCGGAACAGAAGUCGAAGACUCAACUAUGGUCCGAGCUGAAACUACAAACUAUCACCAGAUUCUUUACGCUAGCCUAUUCCGAAUCCCUGUUGAUCGUUUUCUUGCAUCUGCAGUUGAACAUUUUGUCGAGAAGAUCCUAUCUGGAGACUGCUUUGAAACUGGCAUCUCAAAACAACGGGAUUCAGUUGAUCGAUAACGAAAUAAGCGGUGGUGAUGAAAGCAUAUCGGAGCAGGCAUUUUUGUCUUUUAGUUGGUGGCUGCUAAACAAGGGUUGGUUGGAGAUCAAGAAGCAAGUGGAAACAUGCGUCGAAGACGUCUGGGGUGAGUUGAACCCCAGACAAGAGUUGACGAUGGUUGAGUUUGCUAGUUUGAUUCAAAGGACUCAGAGCCUGGUUGAGUCUGUUGUUUUGGCACCUGGCUCGUCCAAGCCACAACGUCUGGAGAGCUCAAUUUCUGCGUCUUACGAGGUUGUUCACUCCAAUGAAUCCGAAUCCACCAUGCUGAAAUCUCUCCUGCCACCAGAAGAAUUGGAAUUCUUCCUUCUGCAGCAGACCAAUGAUCUGGAGUUUUUGACCAGAUUCAACAGCAACGUGGAAAAUACGGAAAGUCUUAGCAAUUUGUUGCAAGAGCUGGAGGGCUAUCUCGCUCGUCCGGAAUUGACUCUGGUGCUUAGUAGCUUGGCCACUACUGGAAUUGCAAGGACAAUGGAUAAGAUUGCAGUCUCCUUGAUUCCAAAGGCAGACUUGUCCAAUGAAAGUGCUGAUGCAGAUGCUUUGCUAGCAGCGGAUGACAUUCCCAAGGCUAAGCUGGCGGCAUACCUUGCACAGAUCACGAAACAGUCUAUCAGUUUGACCAACAAUUCUGUUGAGAAUGAAAUUUUACUAACGAUGAACAACCUACAAGAGUUGAAUGAUAUCAGUGCCAGUGUUUACUCAAACUUUGAUGAAUAA